CUUUAAUAUGUAUAACGCGAGAAAAAUAUUUGUGUGACUUUUCGUUAGUGAUAUCAUGUUGUCGCAACGAGGAGCCAGAGGCUCUCGAACCAAUCGGAAAUCAGAGCGAUGAAGAUCCGUAGUGGGGACUGCCAAAGAAAUGUAUGUGAAAUCAAGCAGCUUAGACCCAUUCCAAUAGUAAACGUUAAAGUGGCAGGAUGACUGAUUAUAAACUUGGAAAACUUAUCAACGAGGGAAAGACGAAGAAAGUUUAUGAACUUUUAAAUGAUCGUACAUUAUGUUUGCUGGAAAGUAAGGAUCGCAUCACUGCUGGCGACGGCGCCAAGUCUCAUGCUUUGGAGGGUAAAGCGGUGAUUAGCACGUCCACUACUGUCAAGGUCUUUGGAUUGCUUAAUCAAGCUGGUAUAAAAACAGCUUACAUUAAACCUGCUGGUCCGAAUUCUUUCAUAGCGAAGAAAUGUGAUAUGAUACCAAUCGAAUGGGUCACUAGGAGACAAGCAACUGGCAGCUUUCUAAGGAGACAUCCAGGAGUACCUGAGGGUUAUAGAUUCAAUCCACCUCUGCAGGAAACAUUCUUUAAAGACGAUGCUAAUCAUGAUCCACAAUGGUCCGAUCAACAAAUUAUUUCCGCGGGUUUCGAAAUGGGUGGCAGAAAAAUAACGAAGGACGAAGUAGAUAUUAUGAAACGCACUACUCUUGUUAUUUUUGAAAUUCUUGAAAGAGCUUGGGCAGUACGUAAUAGCUCGCUGAUAGAUAUGAAGAUAGAAUUUGGUAUAGAUUCGGAUGGAGAGAUUUUAUUAGCUGACAUUAUUGACAGCGAUUCUUGGAGACUCUGGCCAUCUGGAGAUAAGAAACAGAUGAAAGAUAAGCAGGUGUAUAGGGAUCUAUCCAACGUAACACAGCAGAAUUUGGAGACUGUCAAGUGUAAUUUUAAAUGGGUAGAAGAGCAAUUAGAUUAUAUUAUUGAGGCACCAAAGCCAUUGGUCGUUAUACUUAUGGGUUCGCCAUCCGACAAGGCGCAUUGUCAAGAAAUCGCGAAACACGCUGCAACAUUUGGUCUGAACCUACAACUCCGAGUUUGCAGCGCUCAUAAGGGUACUGAGGAAACUUUAAAUAUUCUUGCUGAAUAUGAAGGCACCGGUGAAAAUGUGGUGCUGAUAGCAGUAGCCGGCCGCAGUAACGGUUUGGGUCCAGUGCUCUCCGGCAACAGCGUCUUGCCUGUCAUAAAUUGCCCACCUUUAAAAUCAGACAAUAUCGAACGAAGCAUAUGGUCUUCUCUUGACGUUCCGUCAGGGCUUGGUUGUACAACAGUCGUGCAUCCAGAAGCAGCUGCACUCGCGGCGGCGCAAAUCCAUGCGAUGCAUAAUCACUUGAUUUGGGCUCGUUUGCGUGCACGCGCUCUCUACAAUUUCAUAAGCUUAAAAAAAGCCGAUAUGGAAUUACGGAAAUUAUAGUGUGUGCAGUGUUCCAACUAAUGAGUUCAAUGAUAAAUUGCAAUUAAAUUUGAUGUUAAAAUAAUUCAUUAUUAACAUGGUGACAUAUUGUCAGGCCGGAGACACAUUACAACCUGUUUUAUUACUUUUUCAAGUUUGAUGCACUCGUGACAAUACAAUUGUGAGAAGAAGUGUAUUCUUUAAUAUAUUUUGCUAUAAUAAUUCAUUUUGAGUUCUAUUUUUAAAAUAUUUUAUAGACAUCUAUCUCAUGUUCAACGUUUUACUUUAUACCUCAUAUUUACCUCAUAUUUUUAUGUGCCAUGCAUUCAUGUAAAUCGAGAUACAAAAACUUUAUCCUAAAAAUAGUAAUAUGAUCGGGUUAUAGAUCGCAAUACACUUGAAUUUAUAUAUCAAAUGAUCACGUUAACUCUUUUUAUAUAUACUCUACUGUUAUUGAUUCUAGUAAUACUUUACUGGUUUCAAGUAUGUAAUGUUCGUCUAUAUCCAAUUAAAGAAAUUUUUGAAUAAUGUA